CCGCGAGGUGCAGCCGGCCCCGCCGCCGUUCGCCUGCCCGCGGCCCGGGAGCCUUUCGGCCGCACCCCGCCGAUCGUCAGCCAGCCCCUGCCGCCGGGGAGGCAGCCCCUGCCGCCGGCAGAGGCUCGCCCACGCCAGCGCUGCGGAUGGUGCGCACGGGCGGGCGGCCGCGGCGCUGCGGGCGGGCCCUGGGCUCGGCGGCGGCCACGCGCCGAUCUGCCGGGAGCCCCAGCGCCCAGCGGCGAGCCCCGCCAAGCGGAGGCUGCUUCCGGUGGGCGCGCCGCCGCCUCAGCACGCCCGCGCGGCCGCCGCCACGCGGACGAAGCCCGCAGAGGCGCACCCGGGCCCCGCGUCGCACCGUGCGCCCGUGGGCAGCCACAGCGGUGCCGUUGCAGCGCAGAGGGCCCUGCAGCCGCAGACCCUCGACGCUCCGGACGAGCUGGACUGGCGGCCCACCUUGCGGCACCGGGCGACAGACCGAGCGAGCGCCUAGCGCGCAGUACGGACCAUCUUCUCACGGCAACCAGCCGAGCCGAGUUCUCUCGCAGCAUGUCUUCACUCAGGGCGACGAAAUCUAUACAUUUCCACUGCUCCUGUCCAGGCCCAUCCUGGGCCCAGGAGCGAUGUACAUGCCUCCCCGG